UGUGACAGAGGCGGCGGCUCCAGAGAGUCGAGGCCGAUGGACGGCGAGCAGGCGCAGGAGCGCCCAGAGCCCGGUCCGCAGAUCCGUCAGUCCGCGCCGAAGGGAGCGGGAGGCGUCCAUUCGGGAAGAGGGGAGGAGGGAGGAGGAGGGGGGCGGAGUGGACCCCGGAGACGCUGCCGGCCCGACCAGCGUGGUUUCAUCUGCUCUGACUGCGGGAAGACCUUUGAACACUCCUGCCAUUUUGAGCGUCACCUACGGGUGCACACGGGCGAGCGGCCCUUCAAGUGCCCCACCUGUGAGAAAGACUUCAACCACAAGUCAAACCUGGUGCGUCACGAGCGUACUCACACCGGCGAGCGGCCCUUCCGCUGCCAGACAUGCGGCAAGGAGUUCAGCCAGCCCUCCAACCUGGUCAAACACCAGCUGACCCACACCGGAGAGAAGCCCUUCGGCUGCCAGACCUGCGGGCGGGCCUUCAGCAGGCUGUCCAACCUGGCCACCCACCAGCGCACCCACACUGGAGAGCGGCCCUUCCGCUGCCCUGUCUGCGCCAAGGAUUUCAGCCAGUCCUCCAUCCUGCGGCGGCACCAGCGUAUCCACACCCGCGACAAGCCCUUCCACUGCCCACUCUAUGCAGGGGGCCGGGCAGGACGCGGGGCAGUAACACUCAGAGCGUCUGAGGGUGACAGGUAAGCAGAGAGGGGCUGAUGAUG